AUGGCUUCCAGUGCUUUGGCCAAACCUCAGAUGUGUGGCCUCUUGGCCAGGCACCUACGGAUUCAUAUUGUUGGAGAAUUUGUUGUAUCCCUGGGGGUUGCAGCUUUCUAUAAGUAUGCUGUGGCUGAACCAAGAAAGAAGGCAUAUGCAGAUUUCUACAGAAAUUAUGAUUCUAUGAAAGAUUUUGAGGAGAUGAGGAAGGCUGGUGUCUUUCAGAGCGUAAAGUGAUUUUGGAAUAUAAAGAAUU